GUAUACAUAUGUAUAACGAUCCCCAGAUAACAACUGCCAACAAUUUCAUUUGUGGUACUGCCAAAGCUCAACUAUCCCUUGCCCUCCUUUUUCCUCUUUCAUCACACACACACACACACACACACACACAGAGUUGAGUUAUUUUAUUUCCCUACGAUCUAGGGUUUUGAAUAAUAAUAAUCAUGGGGGAGGAUUGGCAGCAGUAUGUACAAUCAGUCAUCUUCGGUCUUAUUUUCUCUUUCCUUCUCGCCAAACUCUUCUCUAUUAUCUUCGCUUUCCGUGACGAAAAUCUUCGUAUUACACGUGGCGAUGUUUCCAACGAAGACGAACCCAAAAUUCAAUCGGACGAUACGAAUACUAAUACUAAUGCUAGUGCUGCCGAGCCGCUAAUUCAGAGCAACAACGACGUCGUUUCGGAUAGUGAUGAUGAUUGGGAAGGCGUAGAGAGUACUGAGUUGGAUGAAGCGUUUAGUGCUGCUACUGCCUUUGUGGCUGCUACGGCUGCUGAUCGGUCGCAUAAGGUGUCCAAUGAGGUGCAAUUGCAGCUUUAUGGACUUUAUAAGAUUGCUACUGAAGGUCCUUGUACUGCUCCUCAACCAUCCGCUCUCAAAAUGACUGCUCGUGCUAAGUGGAAUGCAUGGCAGAAAUUGGGUGCCAUGCCUCCUGAAGAAGCCAUGGAGAAGUAUCUUGAUAUCGUGACUGAGUUAUAUCCUUCCUGGCUUGAUGGGUCUGCAAAUAAAAAGAAGGGCGAAGAAAGUAGCGGUGCACGUAAUGCAGAUUCUAGAGGGCCAAUGGGACCGGUUUUCAGUACCUUCAUUAGUGAGGAGGAAUCCGAAAAUGAGUUAAAAUUAGAUGAAAUACAUGCCUUUGCACGAGAAGGGGACGGGGAGAACUUGCUUAAGUGCAUUGAAAGUGGCGUUCCUGUGAAUGUGAAAGACAGUGAGGGUCGUGCCCCGUUGCACUGGGCUGUAGAUCGUGGUCAUCUCAGCAUCGCUAAAUUGCUUUUAAGCAGGAAUGCCGAUGUAAAUGCCAAGGACCUUGAGGGCCAGACGGCACUGCAUUAUGCUGCUGUUUGUGAAAGGGAAGAUAUUGCUGAGUUUCUCGUAAAGCAUGGUGCUGACGUAGAGAUUAAGGAUAAUGAAGGUGACUGCCCUCGUGACGUCUGCGAGUUGCACUGGCCUUGGUUGCAGCAGGCAACUGCCCACAACUAACAUCAUUGAAUCUCUAAUGGGAAGUGCGGUUAGGGAAAUGCUCAGAUAACCGUCAAUAGCCAUCCUCAGUUGUUCUGACUUAACCACUUGAUUCUUGAAGCAUUGGUUUCUGACGCUUACUGGUGUAGUUAAAAUAUACUCCCGUUUUACUUUAUGUGUGAGUAUUGAGCAUGCAAUUUUAAAAAAGAAAAUGAAGACCUUUGAAACUUUGGGUCUCAAACUUCCAAUCCUUAAGAAUCCCGGAAUCAGUGUUGAGCAAGGUGUUUUCUGAGAA